AUGACCACCGAUUAUACCAUUGUUGGUCUUUUACUCGCUCUUGUUGCCGUGGGAGCAGCUAAUUUAUACUUUUUUCUGACCAAACCUGUCCAAACGAAUCACACCAACAACAACGACAACUCGACCAACUCGACUAACAAGGAAAAAAAGAACAAAGAAGAAGAAUCUCUCAACAAGGAAUUGACCAAAGCCCUUUCGGAAAACAAAACUCUCUCGGAUGAACUCAAAAAACUCCAAGAAGAGUUGAUGGAAGAGAAUAAGAAACUCGCACAAGAGAAGGAAAAGGCUUCUUCAUCAUCGUUACAAUCUUUUAAAGAAAUUGAAACAUUAAAAAAUGACUUGGAAGAGAAGACCAACAUGCUCGUGGAAGAGGCAAAGAAGAAAGCCGAGUCGGAGGUGGAGCAGAGAAUCCAACAAAGAGUGGAGAAUAAGAUGAAAGAAGAGAUGAAUAGAAUGCAAGAAUUGGAGAAGAAGAUGAAUGAGAACGUUCAGCAAGUAAAAUUAGACUAUGAAAAAGAGGCCAAGUUGCAAAGACAAGAUUUUGAAAAGAACUUGAAAGCAGUAAAUGAUGAGAAGAAAAGGCUCGAAGAUGAAAAGACAAAAUUGAGCUCAGAUUUGAAACAAAAGGCUUCUGAAUUGGAGUCUUUGAUUUCAACAAAGGAAAAGAUGCAAAAUGAGUUGAACAAUAUCAAGAAACAACACGAUGAAAAGAGUAUGACCAUUCAAAACCUUGAGAAUGAACUUAAACAUUUGCAAAAUUCUAUUAAGGAGACUUCCAGUGGACAACAAGACGCUCUUAAGAAGGUGGAACAAGAAUACAACCAAAAGUUGGAUGCAUUGCUAAAGGAAUCUAGAGAGAAGAGCAAUCAAAUCAAGUUAAUUGACGAAAAAUUGAAGGCCUCGGAAAUGUCACUCGCUGAGCUGAACAAAACACUUUAUACCGUCCAUCAAGAACUUUCCAAAGUAAAAGAAGAAGCCUCUAAGGAGAGGGAGCACAUGGCAUCUGAAAGAGACUCUCUCAAGAAGCAACUCGAUGAAUCUGUAAAGUCUUUGAACGAAUAUGAACAAAAACUUGAUGACGCAGGAAAGGAGUUGUCCACUCAAUUGAGCACAAUUCAACAGGAAAAGGAAACCUUGUUACAAGAGUAUGACGCUGUAAAGAAGCAAGUAGAAUCUCUCAACAAGACUGUCGAAGAUUUGUUAUCUCAAAAACAUAUUAGUUCACAUAACCUUACCAAUUUGCACUCCAAAUUAGAGGAGUUCGAAAAACAAAACUCUCAACAUCUCAAAACAAUCCAAGAAAAAGAGAAUGAGCUCGCGCAUAUUAAAGAAACCAUGCAAAAAGAAAAAGAAACGCUCGAAAAAGAACUAAACUUGGCCAAGAAACAAAUUGAUGAUUCAAUUAAGAAUAUCAAAUCACUCGAAGACAAAUUGAACGAAUCAAGUUCUGUUUCUCAAAAACUUUCAAGUUUGGAAGAAGAAAAGACCAAGUUGGUCCAACAAUCCGAACAACUGACUUCAGAAUUGGACACACUCAAGCAAUCUAUUGCCACACUUUCAUCCGAGAAGAAGGUACUGAAUGAACAAACUAAACGUCUCCAAGAAUUGUUGGAUGAAAGCGCCAAGCAAGUUGCAACACUCAAAACCACCCUCAGUGAAAGAGAAGAAGAGGUUAAAAAGUAUCAAGACGAAGCAAAACAAGUCCAAGAAGAACACAAGAAAGCUCAAGAGCUCAUCCAAAACCUUCAAAAACAACUCGAAGAUGGAAACAAGAAUAUUUCUGCUCUUCAAACACUUCAACAAGAAAAAGAAGAACUCACCAAACAAAUCUCACAAUUGACUGAUUCUAACAAGGUUCUCAAUGAAAAGAUGGCUACGCUCAUUACUGAAAGGGAGGAAGCUAUAAAGAAAGCACAGAGCUUGGAAGAGGAUAAAAACACUCAAAUCAAAACUCUUGAACAACACCUUUCUGAAAAAGAGGGAACAAUUCAACAACUUCAAAAGGCUGUCGAAUCAGCGUCCUCUUCAUCUAAUGAGCAGCUUGAGACACUCAAGGUCACAUUGAACAAACAUGAGCAAGAUUUAGCCUCAGCCAAAGACGCCUUACAAAAAGCUCAAUCCACUCUUGAAGAACAAGAAAAGAAAGCUGCUGAAAGCUUGAAGAGAGUUGAAGGUACAGUUCAAGAAUUGACAACCGAAUUGGAGAAUUUGAAAGUAGAGAAAUCCCAUCUUGAAGAUCAAGUUACCAAACUAGAAAAGGAAAAAAGCCUCGCUUCGUCAGCAGAGGCUGAUUCAUCUAAAAAGUUGUCCUCACUUGAAGAGGAACUUUCCAAAAAGAGUUCAGAAAUUUCAAAAUUGGAAGAUAGCAAUAAGAAAUUAAGCCAUAAUGUUGCUGAAUUGACCAAGAAAUUAGAAACUCACAAUAACAAUAAUACUGAAUUGGCUCAAAAGGUUGACAGUCUUUCAAAGGAGAAGCAACAACUUUCAGAAGAAGUCAAGAACCUUAAUGGUAAUCUUGAUGCAAAAACUAUCGAGUUGAAAGAAUUGAAUGAAAAGCUUGAAAAAGUGAAAGGUAUGCUAAAGGAAGCAUUCGCAAAGGAAUCAAAGCUCAAACAAGAUUUCGAGCAAGAAAAGAACGCACUCUUGACAAAGAUCGACACUCUUGAACAAGAGUUAAAAAAUAAUUCAAAAGCUAUCGAGUUGAAAGAAUUGAAUGAAAAGCACGAAAAAGUGAAAGAUAUGCUAAAAGAAGCAUUCGCAAAGGAAUCAAAGCUCAAACAAGAUUUCGAGCAAGAAAAGAACGCACUCUUGACAAAGAUCGACACUCUUGAACAAGAGUUAAAGAAUUCAAAAAAGAAUGCACCUCCAUCCAUUCAAGUUGACACCGUACCACAGAUGCCACCAACCUCUUCACAAGCCCAAAUUGAAGAAGGCCUAUCACCUGCUAUGAGUGAGUCUUCUGUUACUUCGACCAAGUCAUACGUUUUUGUACAAGAGCUUGAAGAUAUACUUGAUGGUGUUGAAGAUGGAUCGAUAACAGAGUUGGAAUUUUCAGCAGUGGUUUGUGACUUUAAAGAUUUAGAGCGACAACAGGUAAUUGAUCUUGGUGUAGUGGUGGAAGAAUCAACACAUUUGAAGAGCUUGGAAAUGUCAAACAAGGGAUGUGAUGAUUAUACUGCCAAAGCCAUAUUCUCCGCACUUGCCAAGAAUGAAAGCGUCACAACAGUGGAUAUGUCAAACAAUACUCUCAUCACUGAUGAUUCAGUUCCAUCUUUAUGCGAAUUACUUGAGAAAAAUAAGACUUUAAAGAGCCUUAAUCUUAUGGGUACAUCAUUCUCGGCUGGUGGUACGAGAAAGAUCCUUACUUCGCUCUCUAAAAACUUUUCUCUUCACACCUUUGACUUGGAUAUCUAUUGCUUGAACGAAGAUGAGAAAGCCAAGUUUGAAAAUCAUCUCAAAAACAAUAACAAGCAUUAA